AUGGACAUGUUCUAUCUUUUCAUCCUUCUGUCAUCAAAUCUCUUAACCUUAUUCAUCUCCACCACUUUCUACGCCCCUAAUUGUUCCUUAACCCCACCACCGGUGAUCAACCCUUCCUCCAGUCAACCGCCGUCCGACCACCACCUCCCGCCGGAAUUCCUCGCCUUCACCUCACCAAAACACCUCCCAUUUGGACUGAACUCAAAUUUCGAUUCAGACAAACUAUACCCUCCGGUGGGUAGCCCGUGUACCCUUUUUCAAGAACUUAAAAACUACAUGACCUACCCGGUCAACGGGUCCUGCCCGGAUGAUGAACUUUUAGCACAAAAGCUCCUCCUCAAAGGCUGCGAGCCGCUCCCCCGCCGCCGCUGCCGCCCACCAUCACCACCAGACUACACUGAACCCUACCCGAUUCCCAAAAGCUUCUGGUCAACACCACCCGAUUCAUCAGUCAUUUGGACAGCAUACACUUGCAAGAACUACACAUGCCUUAUAAACCGGUCCCACAACCAAAAACAUUUUGACGACUGUAAAGACUGUUUUGACCUUGAGGGUAGAGAGAAAACACGGUGGAUGAUCAAGGGUAAAAGCAGAACAGAUUUCUCGAUUGAUGAAGUGUUAGCGAUGAAGAAACACGGAACGAUUCGAAUCGGGCUCGAUAUCGGAGGUGGUGUGGGGACGUUUGCAGUUAGAAUGAUGGAAAGGAAUAUAACGAUAAUAACAACUUCAAUGAAUUUAAAUGGCCCUUUUAAUAGUUUUAUAGCGUCAAGAGGUGUUGUGCCUAUGUAUAUAAGUGUUUCGCAGAGGCUUCCGUUUUUUGAUAACACUCUGGAUAUAGUUCACUCGAUGCAUGUAUUGAGCAAUUGGAUUCCGACUACUUUGUUACAUUUUUUGUUUUUUGAUAUUUAUAGGGUUUUAAGGCCUGGUGGGUUGUUUUGGCUUGAUCAUUUCUUUUGUGUAGGGGAGGAACUUGAAGGGGUUUAUGUGCCACUUUUGGAAAGUGUAGGGUUUAAUAAAGUGAAGUGGGUGGUCGGGAAGAAGUUGGAUAGAGGACCUCAGUUAAAUGAGAGGUAUCUUUCGGCUUUGCUAGAAAAACCAUUAUUUUAA